UCACAGACUGCCAAUGGUUCUUUUCGCUUUUCAGUCUGCGUUCAAUGUGGGAUCAAGAUGGUUCAACGAAUCAAGGACCCCGAUGCGGUAUAUUCUUAUCUCUUUGUACGAGCGCAAGGUCGCUGUCCAAUACGGCAACACAGUAAACGAGAGCAGUCCUUAUAUAUGAUGAGUACUCGCACAGGACUGCCAUUCUCGAUAUCUCGCAUUCCAAGAAUCUGUCUCUGUUGCAAUACUCUCUAAUUUCAACAAUCGUCUGCCAAAACAUUCUGUCUCGUUACAAUACAGCUCCAGGGGCGUUCACUACACCAUCUAUUCGGACUCGCUUCAAAUCCUUCCAGUAUGAGCGAAGGAAAAGGGUACGAGGAAUACGUCUUUUAUCGUUACACGCCAACACUCGCGGGUGCAGUGAUCUUCGUACUCUUAUUCGGGUGCACGACUAUCUAUCAUGUGUGGCAAACCUGUCGCAGGCGAUCGUGGUUCAUGGUCCCAAUCAUCAUCGGCGGAAUCUUUGAAACCAUUGAGUAUAUUGGACGCGCGCUGUCGCAUAACGAUCGGGAAGCUCUUGGUCCCUACGUCAUACAAACUCUACUCCUCCUUCUCGGACCCGCCCUUUUCGCCGCAAGCAUCUACAUGAUCUUAGGUCGCAUUAUCUUGCUAACGGAUGGAGAGCGAUACUCGUUAAUACGACGUACAUGGCUCACGAAGAUCUUCGUCGGUGGCGAUGUCCUCUCAUUCCUCACCCAAUCUGGGGGUGGCGGUAUCAUGAGUGGUGCAGACGAGGAUAACCCUGACAAUAUGAAGAUCGGGGAGAAGGUGAUCAUCGUGGGUCUCUGUAUCCAGGUUAUCUUCUUCGGAUUCUUUGUCCUCACGGCUUUUGUCUUCCAAAAGCGCGGACGCGGACAUCUCCUGGCAUUGGAGGGAUGGGUGCCAUGGAGAAAGCACUUAUACGUGCUUUACGGCACAUCGGUCUUGAUCUUAGUCAGAUCUGUCUUCCGAGUGGCCGAAUAUGCACAGGGUAAUGACGGGUACUUACUACGACAUGAGGCGUUUCUCUACGUAUUCGAUGCAGUGCUAAUGCUCAUUGUCAUGGCCUGGCUAAAUAUUGUUCAUCCCGGAGAGAUCGCCGAGGUUUUGAAGGAGAAGAAGAAGGCUGAGGAAAUAGGGAGGCAGCAUGAUAUGGAUCUUCUUGGUCACCAUGACAGUUCAAACAUCUAGAAUUGGGGAUACCGAGCUGGUUUCAUAUCAUCAGGAUAGCGGACUUUGGUAAUGGAGAGUGAAAACUGUAAUUUGUAGUCGCUAGUUGAGGGAGGACAUUGCUAUAGCGGCAACAAUUGGCGCUACUAUAUAGAGCUCCUCGAAAAUGCCGAGAUAUGAUAUCUCGCCCAUGAAUUUGGCGUGGCUAAGCUGAGAACAAUACGAUACAGUGUCCUACGUAAAUCUACAGUUGUUAUACCAAAGCUGAAUAUCGAUUGCUAAGAAAUAUUUCUUGAGGGUCUUCGAGCAGUAUGCCCUAUUUCCAGGACUGGGAGAUGGACUGCGCCGAAGGAGCAUGAACCGCUGCGGAUUCACUCCUACGCCAUG